AGGGGGGGUCUCUCUAUGCAGGAUCCAGGACUGGAAUCACACUUCACCAUCAGCGACCAGCUCACUGAACUCUUUUCUUUCGUAUCUGCAGGGAAACCCAGCGUCAGCCAGGAUGGAGCUGACCGUCAGGGAAGCGUUAAUCGCGCGUUUGGACAGCACGGCCGUUGUCGUGAGCCUCGGCAGCGAGAUGGAGUUGGAGCACUUCGACGAUCGGGACAAAGGUCAGAGGCACGGCCGCUCCAGUGCGCGGAUGAACGGGGUGGCGAGCCCGACGCACAGCGCCCACUGCAGCCUGUACCGGACCCGCACCCUGAAGACGCUGAGCGCGGAGAAGAGGGCCAUGAAGGUCCGCUUCUACCGCAACGGAGACCGCUACUUUGACGGGAUAGUGUACGCCAUCUCCGUGGACAGGUUCCGGACCUUUGACGCACUGCUGGCCGAUCUGACCCGCGCUCUAUCCGACAAUGUCAACCUGCCCCAGGGGGUCCGGACCAUCUACACCCUGGAUGGCUCCAAGAAGAUCGCCUGUGUUGAUCAACUUGUGGAAGGUGACAGUUACGUCUGCAGCUCCAUUGAAGCUUUCAAAAAGUUGGAUUACACAAAGAACGUCAACCCCAACUGGUCGGUGAACGUCAAGGCGGCGGCGGCGUCCUCCCGCGGCCCUCCAUCCCUGGGCAGCGCCAAGGCCAGCGGGCCGGAGAACCGCGAAAACAAGGAGUUCAUACGUCCGAAGCUGGUGACAGUGGUGCGGAGCGGCGUGAAGCCCCGCAAGGCUGUGAGGAUCCUGCUGAACAAGAAGACCGCCCAUUCCUACGAGCAGGUCCUCACCGACAUCACCGACGCCAUCAAGCUUGACUCCGGAAUAGUGAAGAAGAUCUACACACUGGAGGGGAAACUGGUGUCAUGUUUGCAGGACUUCUUCGGGGACGAGGACAUUUUUGUUGCGUGUGGACCGGAGAAGUACCGCUACCAGGAUGACCUGAUGCUGGACGAAGGCGAGUGUCGUAUGAUGAAGUCGGUGAACUACGGGAAGAUGUCCGGCUCCCUGACCAGAAGCUCCCCCAGAACCGUCGUCCAAACCCGACGCAGCAAGUCUCCUGCAUCCUUGAACGGGACGCCGGCCAGUCAGCUCUCCACUCCUCAUUCGGGAAAAUCUCCCAGCCCCUCCCCGACCAGCCCGGGCAGCCAACGCCGGGAAAAGGACAAAGCUGUGACUGAGCAUAGGCCGACUACAUCUUAGAGUUGUUAGAAUUCGAAGGAACCACAACAUCCCAGCGUCUAUAAUGUCUAAGGGGCGAGGUGUUGACCUUUGACCUCUUGCUGUGCUGCUAUGGGAGUCCAACACAGGCAGGCUCAUGUCAAGACCCAGUUAUGUUACCAAUGUUAUGUUAACCUGACUUAAAGGGCAAAUCCCCCCCCCCCCCCCCCAUACCCCCAUCGUGCUAAUUCCCACAAAUAAAGCUCUUCGUGCAGAACUCUCUCUGCCUUUGGUAGCUCAACAGCGAAUUAUGCUAUCACUGACUUUUCCAUGUGACCCCAUCUGUCAGACGGCAGUUUGUCUGAUCUAAUCUGAUCUAGAGAUGAGGCCGACAAUUGGCUUUGUGCUUCAACCUUCAACCUUUUUUUAAAAAAGGGUUUGCAUCCCCUGUCAGCUACCAGGCAGUGCGUCUCUGCAUGUUGUCAUAAAGGAAAGACCCAAACAUUACUGAUCUUUUGAUCAGGGAUGACCUUUUUUAUCAAGUUGUGUCAUUUUGUACAUGUCUUAUUCUGUGAGAGUUCUAGAAAGACAGUUUUAUACUAGUAUAUAUUUGAUCACUGCAGCCAGUAAUUGGCCUGGGUUUUAAAAAAAAUGCUUUGAAAAGUCAAAACUCUAUUUUCUGUAGCGAACAGUGAGGAAAGGACCUGAGAUGCAAACUCGCUUUGUGCACUGUUUAUCUUGUUGUCACUGUAAAAUACUGCUGUGCAGAGCAGGAGCAUGCAAGUGAACCGGAUAACCUUGAAUCUCACUUUAGAGAGGUUAAUUGAAUGUUCAAGGUGAGUGUGUGUGUGUUUGUGCUUCGUUCGAGAUCAAGUAUGUGUUAAUCCAGUCUUUGACAGUCAUGGUGAGCUUUUAAUAUCAGCCUCAAUCCCAACAGCCGCUCUUUAAUUUGCAGAAGCCUCCUAAGCCCGUUGCUGAUCUAGAUUUCGCUCCAUCGUAAACAAACACAGAACGUUCAGCUCACGUCACACACACAUCAGAGAAGUGUUUGUGUAUGUGGACCUGGGAUUUGCUCAUACGGGCUCCAGCCUGCAAGGGUCUUGUGUAUUUCUUAAGCAUUUGGACCAAAUCAAAUCUCAGUAUGAGUAUGUACUUAUUUAGAUAUUUAUUUGUGAGGGCACAAAACUUAUUGAGGGUAUAGAAAACAAGAAAGUGGAGAAACUUUAAUGGGGCACAGCGUGAUUGUAAAUUACUUUUGCACAGAACUGAGUACGUGUGGCUGAGUGUAUGAGUGACUUUACUAAAGCCACAUACACAAACAAAUAUAUAGAUCCUUAAUUAAGAAAGUAAACAUAUUUAUUUGACGUAUUUGACAUAAAUAUACAUAAUUUCUGCUUUGUUUAGUCUGCACAACAAAAGUUUUCCUAUCAGCGCGUAUCGACAAACAUAAAUGCCGAUACGGUCUGAUCCGUCUGUUAAAAGGCUCAUAUCGGCCGAUACAUUAGUCGGGCUCCACCAUGUUCACUAAAAUCAGCGCAGUAUUCAGAAUUCCUCUCCUGCUUCAGUCCCUUGCUCCAUUUGACGGUGGAGAGUUUGGCCCUCAGGCUUGUGACUCCAUCAGUGAUGGGGUUGUAUUGAUGUGAUAUGAAGGUCAGCCCAGACAACAGGAAACAGAUCAAAUUGGGGCUGCGGGGACUGAGAGGAGGUCAAGGUGCAGCAGAGCUUCCAGAGUGGUCUGCACAAAGGAAGUGGGUCAGCACAGAUUGAAUGGGAAAGAGGACGGGAGGUGCCCUCGUCUAUAAAGCCGCUCUUUCUUUCCUUCUGUCAAGUGAGUAAAUAAAUGGGGACAGUGAAUAAUUUAAGAUAAUUAUUGUAUUAUAAUUAAGAUCAUUAUAAGUAAUCAGUUUCAGUGGCUCCGCUCUUUCCACCCAGUGAGAUUCUGGCUACCCAUGAUGCACUGAGAGAAAUCACAUAUGCUUCCCCUCCCUCUCCACAAUCAGCCACGCCGGUUGUCGUUCUGCCUCCACCCACUUUUCUCCAUCAAACCCUAACCUCCACAAAUGGACCGUGUCGUGCAGUUCUGACCUCAGUGUAACGACUUGUAAGUUGUGGUUUUACACGACCAGCUGAGCGUGUGUGUUUCUCAAACAGAGAUUAUUCCAGGCUCUGCACUCACAGCCACUCCAUGCUAAGCCUGCACCGCUCUUGCCCGGAGAGAAGGGAGAGGAAGCCUCGCAGCCCAUUAUCUCCCCCCUCCACUCUGCAGCUCCUGCCAUAUUACAGUGGCAUAUUCUCUCCCGUACUUUUCCCCUAAUCGUCUCGUUAGCGAUCCUCCCCCUUUCCUCGUCCUCCCCGACACUUUCUAAUUUCCCCCCCACCCAUCCUCCUUUCUCUCUCCCCCAUGUGAAAGAGUAUUAACUUCACAGGGAAGAAAUCAUAUUCCACCAGUUCCCCUUGUAGAUUAAUUCUAAGCCUUUUUUGAGAAGUAGGCGCCAAGUUCCCGACACUAUAAUUUCACAUUUUCUCUCUGUCUAUGUUCCCCUUAUAUGUAAACAUGCAGGAAUAAUCUUAGAGUACUCAAAGUCAAAUCCUAAUAACUACGCUUUCAAUGGCAAGUGAUUAUGUUUCUCGCCCGUGUGGCUGAAAUGCAUAACUCAACAUAACAAAACCGUGACUCAGAAACUACCCUUUUCCUGAAUUUGAACAUCUCUGGUUUAAAAAUAGCUCGUAUCUUUUUGCCAGUAAAGCGCUGAAAGCUUCCACAAGCUAUUCACCAGGCAUGAAGCCUCAGUGACCCGCUACGAGCAUUGCAUUCCGAACGUUCACCUCUCUGGACCCUGCAUUUAAACACUAACAGGCACUUUGCUGCCUGAAGUAGGUUGAUCGCUGGGUUCAGACCAUCACAACCUAUUUCCCUGAGCAGAACAUGCAGAUCUAUAGCGUCUGCUUUUAUCCUUUCAUUUUCACACAUACGUAGCUGCAAGCCGAGACGUGCACACCUCUAGGUUCAUGUAGGCUUCAGAAAAAAUCACUUCUAUACAUGCUAUUUCCAUUUGUGCAUAGCUUCCUGCAGUUGGUGUUCGCUAGUAUGACCCAUUUUUAUGAUUUAGCAAUUGGUUUACAUUCAUGAAGUCAUCCGUCCUCCGACUCUUCCUUCUCCUUGGUACUUCUCACGGCCACUUGCUUCACUGAGAGCACUCAAGCUUUCCGUACUCACGUCGCUGUAAUAUUUAUCAUCAACCUUACAGACACACGCACCCACACAGAGAAGAAAACAGUUUCUGGUUUUAAAGCUCGUGGCAGAUGAAGUGGCCGAGCCGGCGCGGCCACGGCUCUUUCCUCUCGAUUAGAGAUGAGAUAAAAAAAAAAAAAAAACAGACCGGAGAAUAAAUCAGAGCGGAGACCGACAGACUGAAGGGAAGACAAACAGAUGGUGUGUGACACCAACACACAACUGAUUCAGUCAGGUGUCAGCGUGUGUGAGUGUGUGAGAGACAGAGAUAGCUAAGUGUUAGCUACAGUAUAUGUCAACUAUAUCCUCCUCUCACCAUUGAGUCAUUCAUGUGCAUAAUCCAUUGAGUUGCAUGCUCCAUCUCUUUUUCUUAUCGUCCAUAUUUUGUGUUGGGUGAUUCAUGAUUAAAUUAUGUGAGUGUGUGUCUGUGUGUGUGUGUGUGUGUGUGUGUGUGUGUGUGUGUGAGAGAGAGAAAGAGAGAGAGAGAGAACGAGGGCAGGCUGAGCCAGCAUGUGUCUAUUAUGAACUUGUGAAUUAUUGUCUCAUCUCCUCCAUGUGACUGUGCUGUUACAAUAAGGAUUGUAUUUGUUAUUUGUUGUGUUGUUGUCAUUAGAUGGUUUGUUCAUUUUUGUUCCUGUCGCUACCAGAGAUACUGGCGGCAGCACGCGAAGGGAACUGGUGGACUGGCUUAACCAGACCAUUCCAACGUGGUUUCCUAUUUACAUAUUUUUUUUAUAUUUAUUCCAUCUGAGAAUCUGUAACUUGAAAAAUUGGCACUGCCAUGAAAGAUAUGUAAAUAUGAAGGUAUCUGUGACAAAGUCUCUUCAAUAAUCCGGUGCAUCAUCUGUGUGUUGUGAUUUUCUGAUGUGAGGCUGCCAGCUCUUCAUGGCUCAUUUGUUUCUGUUUGUAUUUUCCUUGUCUAAUGUAUUAAUUUCCAUUUGUUCAUGUCAAUUAAAUUCAUUGUCAUUUCAUUUUAA